GCUUUAUAAAAAUGGAAAGGAUAAGAAAGUAUAUGCUGUUUCCAUUGUUUUAACAUACCACUAGUCAUGCUACCAGAAAAAUCCAUAGAAAGCUAUUCAUGGAUAGUCUCGUUACUGUGUCCACACAUUACGACAAUUCGUGCUGAUAUGUUCUGAAGACUUUGGCAGGAGAGUUUAAAGCGAAUGAAGUGCAUAAAGCACAAUUUGUCAGAAAAACUACUCUUACAUAAGCUCCAAUCAUUGAUGCAAUAAAGUACCUAUUCAUGAAUGUACUCAAAAGAGAAUAUACCCAGUCGUGGCCUCGAGCCGGGCAAAAAAGAAAAAUAUUAUCAAUCUGCUCAGUGAAUCAAUAAUGAAUCGUUCCUAAGCUGAGUAGAAAGGAAUAAUAAAGUUCACUUUAUUUAUACAACGAAGAGUUCAUACAUGCGUUCCCAUAUUGCAAAAGCUCUCAGAGAAGAUGAGCAAAAAAUAAUACAUAGCAGGGUGAAAACAAAAAACCUAUAUCAUAGGUAUAGUGCUCGUAUUCAAAACAUAGAUAAUAACUACUGUACAAUGCUUAAUAAAUUCAUAAUCUUUACAUAAAAUGAAGUCUUUACAAUAAACAUUGGCAUUGAGAAGUUCUACCGCCAGGGUGACAUGGAGAAGGAGAAGGGGGUGGAGGUGCUUCCCAUGUUCGAUCGCACUCUAAACACUGAGCUAGCCAAGGGGCAAAUCGGCUUCAUCGACUUUGUAUCGGCCAAUUUCUUCAAAACCAUUGUGUCAAUGUUGUGUCAUGACAUGCAAUGGUGUGUGGAUCGUAUUAACAGCAACCGUGAGACGUGGAAAGCUCUUCUUGAAGCAAAGUGACCCGAGACAAUGUAUCGUGCAUCGUCACCAAAAGAAUAGCUUAUGGACGUUUGAGACACUGUUGCACCUAAGCGUGUGUCACAACUCAUUCAUUUAUAUGUCAUCACACAACUUUUAUUAAUAUGUACUAUAUCUUUAUGUAAACCGGGUGUUUCGUUUUUAGCUUCUAAAGUAUGAAGUCGUUUAAGCGGUAUUAUUGUUUAUUUAACUGAAUGAAGCGUUUCCUAAA